AAAUUGGCCCUGCGCUCGUCGCAGGCCGCAGGGACACCAGUCCCUCCAGUUAACGCCCAAAACCCAUCAUAGAAAUCUUCGAGACAAACAAAAACUAGUUAAUUCUCUGUUAAUUCUAUCUUCUUUUUUGAUGGAAGAGGCAUUAGAAAAGGGGACUGGGAGUACCGUCAAGAAACCUGAUAUUGACCGUGAUCAUGGCGGCCUGCCCGUGCGUAAGAAAAAGAGAGGAGCAAUGCAGCUUAUCAGAGUUGCUUUGUACCUUCUCCGCCACCGUUCGUCCAAAUCCAAGCUCGUUCAUCACGUGGGUGUAGCUGAAAAUAAAAGCUUGUGGAAAAGGCUUGUGGGUUCCAUUCGUCCUUUGCAUCUCCAGAGCAACCAAUCUCCUCCUGCGCCAUUGACGAUGACUUCUGAUCUUCCGUUACCGUUACCGUCACCGUCAUCUGCGGUUCAUGAGCAGGUGGUGGUGGAGGAGGUGUUCACGCCACCUCCUUGCUCCCCUACGACGUCCAGCAGUUCCCACGACGACAUGAGCAGGUAUCAGUCGGCAUUAAAUCUCCAGGAGCUUGAUCGCCAUCAUGACGACAGCUGCGAAGAAGAUGAUGAGGAUUAUGACGAUGAGGAGGUGUACGAUGACAAUGGCGGAGACGAGAUGAUCGAUGCGAAAGCCGAGGAGUUCAUCGCCAAAUUCUACGCUCAGAUUAAGAUUCAAAACAAGGCGUACAACGACCGGUACAACGCCUACGUACAACGCCAGGAUUCGUUCAUGGUUUGAGGAUUAAAACGUCGACGUUUACUCAUAAUAAUUUCAUCACUUUGAUGAUUCUGCAUCUGCAUGCAUGCACAUCGGUCAUGAACUUAAUGGGUUUGAUGCUGUGCGGCUGAUCGUAUCCAUGUCUUUAAUUCUGUUUUAUUUUCUUUGUCGGGUAGUGGUUCGUGGGGUCAACAUAUUCAGGAUAUAGUAGUACUUAAUUAAGGGUUUGAAAAAAAGGAGGAUUCAAGGGGAAAAGAAGGUUGGUGUUCUUCUCAGUUUUUUCAUUUUUUUUUUUUUAAAUUUAUUUCUAUUGGUUUUUGUAAUAAUAGUUUUUUAAUUUCUUGUUAUUUUAUUAAAUUAGGGGGUGUUUUUUAGCAUGAAUAUUAAUGGAGGAGAAACUGGGUUGGUAAGCUUGUAAUCUUUUCCUCCUCUCAUUUGUAUCAAGUUUCUGUAAUACAAUGUUUCACACCUCUAAAUCUUCGUCUCUUA